GCCUGUCCCUUCCCUGAUGUGAAGAGUGGAACACAGAGGGACAGAGGGACCAAGUCCUCAGAAAUGUUCUCGCUGAGAGGCAGGCCGCAGGCCCUGCCAUCACUCUGCCUUUCUGUGCUGUUUCUGGCCUGCUUUGUAGCAUCCAUGUCUACAGAAAGCCUGAGCCCCACUCCUGGCCCUGAGAGCAGCCGCUGGAGUCUGGUAAGGGCCAGGGUGAUGGAGAUUGUGGAGCCAAUGGUGACCAAAACCAGGGACAGAUGGCAGUGGUUCUGGGGCCCCGAAGCUGUCCAGGGCUAUGUGCAGGCCUACUAUGAAGAUCAUCUGAAAGACCUGGGUCCCCGAGCUCAGGCCUGGCUACAGAGAUCCAGAGACCACCUCCUAAACAAGACCCACAGCCUGUGUCCCAGACUGCUCUGCAAGGACCAGACUCAGGGUUAAAGUGCCACGUACCUCCCUCCCCUGGCACCCACAAUAAAGGUGUUUGUUCUUGA